AAAUCCUCAUCAUUUUUGGGGGUCCUACAACCGGCUUUAUAUUUGAUUGGCGCUCUCUUUCUCUUUGUUUGUGCGCUCUUCCGUAUGCAACGCGGACGGCGCCCUUUGAUAUGUCCGGACUUCUGAGCUGACCAAGAUAUUAUAGUAAACAUGUCUGCCGACGCUGCUGCUACUACUCCCGCUGUGGAGAACCAGACCCCCGAGGUCAACGCCUCGCCUGCCGAGGCUGUCACCAACGGUACUACCACCGCCUCAGAGACUCCCUCCGAGACUGUCGAUUCCGCGGCUCCCACUUCCGUUGCUACUUCUCAGCCCCACUCGGCUUCCCUCUAUGUCGGUGAGCUCGACCCGUCCGUGACCGAGGCCAUGCUCUUCGAGCUUUUCUCCUCCAUCGGCCAGGUUGCUUCGAUCCGUGUGUGCCGUGAUGCUGUGACCCGUCGCUCUCUGGGUUACGCUUAUGUUAACUACAACAACGCCGAGGACGGUGAGCGUGCUCUGGAGGAGCUCAACUACACUCUCAUCAAGGGCAAGCCUUGCCGUAUCAUGUGGUCUCAGCGUGACCCCGCUCUCCGCAAGACUGGUCAGGGCAAUGUCUUCAUCAAGAACCUCGAUGCCGCCAUUGACAACAAGGCUCUGCAUGACACGUUCGCUGCUUUUGGAAACAUUCUCAGCUGCAAGGUUGCUCAAGACGAGUUUGCCAACUCCAAGGGUUAUGGCUUCGUUCACUACGAAACCGCCGAAGCUGCCAACAACGCUAUCAAGCAUGUCAACGGUAUGCUUCUGAACGAGAAGAAGGUCUUUGUCGGUCACCACAUUCCCAAGAAGGACCGCCAAAGCAAAUUUGAAGAGAUGAAGGCCAACUUCACCAAUGUCUACGUCAAGAAUGUUGACACUGAGGCCACCGAGGAGGAUUUCCGCCAGCUCUUUGAGCAGUUUGGUGAGAUCACCUCUGCCACUCUCGCCCGCGACGAGAGCGGCAAGAGCCGUGGCUUCGGUUUUGUCAACUACAGCAAGCACGAGAGCGCUAACGAGGCUGUGAACAACCUUCACGACUCCGAUUUCAAGGGCCAGAAGCUCUAUGUCGGCCGUGCCCAGAAGAAGCAUGAGCGUGAGGAAGAGCUCCGCAAGCAAUACGAGGCUGCCCGCAUCGAGAAGGCCUCCAAGUACCAGGGCGUCAACCUCUAUGUCAAGAACCUCCACGAUGACAUUGAUGAUGAAAAGCUUCGUGAGACUUUCGCUCCUUUCGGUACCAUUACCUCUGCCAAGGUCAUGCGCGAGACCGCUGAGCGCAGCGUCUCCCCUGAGCGCAAGGAGAAGGAUGACAAGGAGAACCAGAAGGAAGAGGAGAAGAAGGAGAACGGUGAAGAGGAGGAGGCCAAGGAGGAGAAGAAGAGUGCCAAGAAGGUUGCUGGCAAGAGCAAGGGUUUUGGUUUCGUUUGCUUCAGCAACCCCGACGAAGCCACCAAGGCUGUGACUGAGAUGAACCAAAGAAUGGUUCUGGGCAAGCCCCUCUACGUUGCUCUUGCUCAGCGCAAGGAUGUCCGUAAGAGCCAGCUCGAGGCCAGCAUCCAGGCACGCAACCAGAUUAGAAUGCAGCAGGCUGCCGCCGCCGCUGGUAUGCCCCAGCAGGUGAGUUAUUUCUUUCUCCGCUUGGCGUCGCUCAUUAUAGAUGCUGACAAUCAUUACUUUAGUUUAUGCAACCCAUGUUUUACGGCCCUGGCCAGCAGCCCGGCUUCCUUCCUCCUGGUGCUGCCGGCCGUGGCGGUGUUCCUUUCCCUCCUGCCGGUGCCAUGGUCAUGCCCGGCGCUCAGGGUGGUCGUGGCAACUUCCCCGGUGGCUUCCCUCCUCAACAGGGGGGUCGCGGCCAAGGUGGCCAGCAGAUGCCCGUCUAUGGCAUGCCCGGCCAAGUUCCUCCCGGUGCCAUUCCUCAGGGCCCCGGCUACCCUAACCCCGCCGCUUACGCUAUGGCCCAGGCCGUUCAGGCUGGUCAACGCCCUGGACAGCGCCAGGGUGGUCCUGGUAACAUGGGCUAUCCUCGGGGUGGUCCUGGUGGUUUCCCUCAGGGCGCUGGCCGCGGCAACAUGCAGGUGCGCCCCGGUCAAGUGCCCUUCCCCCAGGGUGGACGUGGUCAGGCUCCUCCCCAGAUCGGUCAACCCGGCGCGGCUCCCGGUCCGGACGCCGCCCCUGGCGCGCUGACCCCUCAGUCCCUCUCGGCUGCUCCCCCGCCACAGCAGAAGCAGAUGCUCGGUGAGGCCUUGUAUCCCAAGAUCCAGAACCUGCAGCCUGAGCUUGCUGGUAAAAUUACUGGUAUGCUGCUCGAGAUGGACAAUGCUGAGUUGCUGAACCUUCUUGAGGAUGAGGCCGCUCUCCGCGCCAAGGUUGAGGAGGCUAUGAGUGUUUACGACGAAUACGUUAAGACCAAGGGUCCCGAGGCUGAGGGCGCCCCCGCCGAGGGUGCUGCCAAGCCCGAGGAGCCCGCCAAGCCCGAGGAGGCUACCGAGCAGAA